CAAAUAUUGAUUUGUCUGUAAAGUUAUUUUCUGUAGAAAUUAUAAGUCGUUUAUUUUAAAUAAAAGUACUUUUUAAAAAAGUUAAAAGUGUCUCAAAGAACAUUUCUGGCGCUGCGAACAGGAUCAAAUUCGUACAGAAACACAAGUUUUCCUGGUCAACUUUAGUUGUUGAACGAGACGAUCCAUCGAACCAAGGCGAGAAAAACGUAGUAUGCAGAAGACAUCACCAGUGAUCAUCCUCUUAAAUACGGUGUGCAAUGGUGAACACAAUUUUAAAGAACUGUCGUUUUAGAUUAACAAUAGAAAUUCCUUUACUACUAAUUUAUUUCACGUUCAUGCUUAAUGUUUCUGUUUUUGUGAAUCUAACAAUGUAUAAAACAUGUUAUACUUUAAUGGGAUAUCCAGAAGUGAAUUGUUCAAGACUGGGUAGAUAUACCGAUGAAGAAACGGAGAAACUGGAAGGAAUAGUACAACCUUUGGCUUCAUAUGUGACAACAAUUACAGAAAUGGUUCCAAAUUCAGUUCCAUUCAUACUUUCAUUGAUAAUUGGUUCCUGGUCUGAUAAGUAUGGAAGAAAACCAGCUAUGAUGUUCGUAUCCUUUUGUAUCUCAUUAUAUUACGGAAUCACUGCGAUUAUAAUACUAUUCGAUGAAAUUACUCCUUAUAUGAUGAUGCUUGCCACCAUCCCGACCAUAGUUUGCGGUAGUAGUUUAACAAUCGUGUCCCUAAUUCUAGCUUAUCUUAAUGAUAUCGCUACCCCAGAAACAAGAGGAAUGAGAAACGCAGCGUAUGAAGUGAUAACAGUAUUUUGCAUCUGUUGCGCAAACCUGUUGAGCCCACCUCUAUUGUAUGCCACCAACUACUCCGUUAUUUAUGGUCUUUCGGCUGUUAUGGUACUCUUAGCCAUUGCUUACACCCAUCAAUUCCUACCAGAAUCGGUAGAUAUAAAAUGCGAAGAAAAAUCUAGUCUAUCAAAAAUUUUCACCUGUCAACAUUUGUCGAAUAUGUUUCUAGUGAUAGGUAAAAAGAGAUGCAGCAAUCAAAGAGCGAUCAUUGUGAUACUAUUGAUUGUAAUGCUCGUUGAUAAUUUAGUGAAAGUUGCAGAUUCCAAUAUAAAAACUUUAUAUCUGAGAAGGGAGUUGAUAUGGACUUUGACUGAUCGAAAUUCCUUUAUUAGUUGGUCAAGCGUCAUUAGUAUUAUAUGUACACCCAGUAUCACUUUUCUAUUACAGAAACAGCUGAAAAUCAAAGAAAUAUAUCUUAUUCUAGUUGGUAUUAUUUCUAGCAUCGGAGUAGAUAUUCUGUACGCGACAGCCCAGAAUAAUUGGUUCAUUUAUGGUUCUGUACCUGUUGGUAUCCUUGGAGGUCUGGUUAACCCAAUGCUCAGAACAAAACUAGUACACAUUAUAGGACCUGGUGAAAUGGGGAAAAUAUUUUCAUUAUAUUAUGUAAUCAUCAAUAUCCUUUCUCUGGCAUUCAGUAUGUUUUAUAGUUUUGUGUACAACCAAACAAUAGACACAAACCCCGGAAUAUUCAAUUGGAUUUCGAUAGGUAUUCGUCUAAUUUGCGGAAUGAUGUUAAUAGUAGUUAUGGUUUUUGAUUGGAAUCAACCGCUUGAAACUAAGCAACCUGAUGCUACGACUGUGAAGGUUGGUUCAGAUCAAAGUGAAGCUUAUGAAUUAUAUUAACACACGUUAUUUAUUAUGAAUAAACAUGUAUAUAAAUUUGAUUAUUUAUUGAAAA